AUGGUGCACCCAAUGAGGUCACUCAACAAAGAACUCGAUCAGGUCGACACCGAGUCCAGAGGGUAUCGUUCAUCCGAUACGACAGAGGGAGCGCCCUCCAACCCAGAACACGACGAGGAGCCCUCCGAACUGGAGCCCGGGCACGGUGUAUCGCGAAAUAAAAGCUAUGGUACUCAGCGCACCGAUUUUUCGCGCAAAAAAAGUCACGGUACCCAGCGAACCACGCCGUCUCAGAAUAGAAGCUAUCGCAGUCAGCAACCUGACAUUAACCGAAACCUAAGUUAUGACACUCAGGCCCAGUUUUCUGUGGCUGGGCCCAAUGCAUAUCAUGCCCCGAUCGCUCAACGUGGUGCCUAUAUGCACCCUGAAUAUGAGGCCUUGAACCCUCAAUAUGGGAAUCAAGGGGAUGGGCCCAUCUGGAGCUUGGCGCAACCACUUCCUCAUGUUGUUCGGGACGGAAUGCGCUAUGGAGCCUUGCCGGAGGAUCGAAUGGAGGAGCGAGAGGGACGAGGAGAAGAGGAAGGAGGCGAAGGGCGCGAGGAAGGUCGAGAAGAAGGACGAGACCGACCUCCUCCUGCGGCGGAUGAACCACCGACAGACAUGCCCCAAAACGAAACACCUCCGAAUGAAGUAGGAUUUUUCAAUACAUGGGCCAAGAUUCGGUGGCAUCUCAAGGAGCCAUUGGGCGAGUGGCUAGGGACAACCAUUGCCAUCACACUCGGUCUCUGCGGCGGCUUGGCCACCUACACGUCUCAAGAGCAAGCUGGUUCAUUCGUGUCCUUGAGCGCCUGUUGGGGGUUCAGCUUCAUGAUCGGCGUGUAUAUAGUCGGUGGAAUCUCCGGUGGUCAUCUCAAUCCCGCUAUUACAAUCUCCAUGUCUCUGUGGCGAGGAUUUCCCGCCCGCAAGUGUGCAAUCUACAUAUUGGCUCAGCUCAUCGGCGCCAUCACAGCUGGUGGUCUCGCUUACGCCAUCUACCAUGACGCUAUCAUGAACCUGGCCGCUGAGAGCAAAGUGCCGCAAAGCCAAUCCACAGCCAGUCAAGCGAUGCUUACUCUCCCCAAACAAUUCGUCAGCCCCGCCACAGCAUUUUUCAACGAAUUCCUCGGCACCGCAAUUCUCGUCGGAACCAUCAUGGCACUCGGAGACGACUCCAACGCCCCACCAGGAGCCGGCAUGCAAGCCUUUAUCAUCGGGAUUCUCAUCACCGUCCUGAUCCUCGCCCUGGGCUACAACACCGGAGGAGCCUUCAACGGACCCCGCGACUUCGGCCCUCGCCUCGUCGCCGUCAUGGCCGGCUGGGGCGGCCACCUAUUCACCGAAUACCACGCCUGGUGGAUCUGGGGACCCUGGGUCGCCGAUAUCUUCGGCGGCUUAUUCGGUGCUUUCGUUUACGAUCUGGUCGUCUUUACCGGUGGCGAAAGUCCAAUUAACUACCCGCCUCGCCGACGUAAGCGAGCAUUGUUGAUCAAAGAGAAGAACCUCCGCAGCAAGCUACGCAUGGGACGUCGCAAGAUCGGGGAUCUUGAGCGCGCGGUCGAGGAGAACCAGGAUUAA